AUGACCUCCCUCACGUCCAAUCCCAAGGUACAGCUGGCAGCAACCGCCGUCGUAUCCGCUGCAGUCGCUGCUGCCGCAGUGCUGAGCUACCAGCGCCUGCAACAAGAUGGUCGACGGGCCUCCCGCCUAAAGCAGUCUAUCCCGGGGCCCAAUGAGAGCGAUUCAGCCCUGCCAACUCUGACCCGCGUCGGCCCGUUGCCCAAACCCGACAAGGAAGACGAGCACAACCAGGUGCUCGCGCACCGCGCGCAGAACGGCGAUUUCGACGACGAGCUCAUUCUCGAGCAGCUCGCCCGCAACCGCGUGUUCCUCGGCGAUGAGGGGCUCGCCCGGCUGCGCGACUCCUGCGUCGUGAUCGUGGGCUGCGGCGGCGUGGGCUCCCACGCGUGCGCCGCCCUCGCCCGCUCCGGCGUCUCGCGCCUCCGCCUGAUCGACUUUGACCAGGUCACGCUCAGCUCGCUGAACCGCCACGCCGUCGCCACCCUCGCCGACGUCGGCCUGCCCAAGGUGCAGUGCCUCCAGCGCCGCCUGGUGGCCGUCACGCCCUGGGUGAGGUUUGAUUUGAGGCUACAGAAGUUCGAUGGCAAGGUUGCGGAUGAGUUGCUGGGUGGCUGGGUGGAGGAUGAGGGCGGGAAGGCGGUUAGGCCUGUUGAUUUUGUCAUUGACGCCAUCGAUAAUAUUGACAGCAAGGUCGAGCUGCUCAAGUAUUGCCACGACCAUGGCCUGCCGGUCAUUUCGGCUAUGGGCGCGGGCACCAAGAGCGAUCCCACCCGGGUCAUGGUGGGGGAUAUCGGGGCUAGUUUUGAGGAUGGGCUUUCGAGGGCCACCAGGAGGAGGUUGAAGCUGCUUGGUGUGAGCAGCGGGAUUCCAGUGGUUUAUUCCACCGAGAAGAUGGGCGAGGGCAAAGCGGCGCUGCUGCCGCUCUCAGAAGAGGAGUUCCAGAAGGGGGCGGUGGGCGAUCUCGGCGUGCUGCCUGAUUUCCGGGUUCGUAUCCUACCGGUGCUGGGGACCAUGCCGGCAGUUUUUGGAUACACAGUGGCGAACCAUGUUAUUCUGAGACUUACAGGAUAUCCCAUUGACUACCAACCAGCCAAGGCCAGAGACAAGAUGUACGACGCCAUUCUGGCAUACGUUCAAGCCAGCGAGGAAAAAAUCGUGCGCAUGAUCGAAGGUGGUCGGACAGAUGUCUGCAUCGGUCUUAAGGUCCCCAUCACGCCGGGAGACAUUGCUUUCCUGGUGGAAGAGGCGUUCAGGGGCAGAAGCGCCGUCACUGGCAUUCCCACCAAACUCGUGCUGACCAGGUGGAGAAAACCGUUGGAAACCACCCUAGUCCGUAUCGGCGAAGGAAACGCCGAACAAAAGUCUUCCAACCUCAGGCUACGGGAUCUGGUAUGUAUGACCAAGGAGGAAGCCACAAGACACCAGAAGGAAAUACUGCAGGGCGCCAAGAACCUCGAGGAUCUAUACAGCCGAGAGGUGAUUGAAAUGGUUGAAGCGCGGCAAAAGGAAGCAGAGGCCUAUGAGCGAUAUAGAUAA